AUUAAAAGAAAAAAAAGGGCAAAUCGGAGCCCCGAGAGGGCAAUGAAAAAGCCCAAAAGCAAAGAGGAAGUUAAUGACGUGUCCGAGAUCGUGAUACGCCUUUCUCACUUUGUUCCGUUGUUCUCAGCGAUCCGCUUCUCUUCGUUACUUUCUUUUCUCGUCUGCUCUGCCACUCACAAUUCAUAAAAAAAAAAAUAAUAAUAAAUAAACAAAUUCCUCCAACCCUCUUUUUUCUAAGUCUCCACGCCCAUUUCUUGCAAACAAUUCUAUUAUCAGUUUGAUGGAUCUCAAAUUGGUGUACCUGUUAGAUGGGGUGGUCGUAAGUGUGGUUAGCAACGGGGGAUGGUGGAAUAAUUGCCAUGCAGAUCUACUACCGUCGUUUUAAUUGGCAGAUCCAGUUAUCACCAAAUUGUAUCUUUUAUCGCAGUAUCAACUAGUAAGUUACUUGCAAAAAGGCGUUAUCAGCUUACUGAUAUAGAGGCUCUUGGUCGGUUCAGUUAAGUUUGGUAUCGUCUUUACCAAACAUGCCGUAUUAUAUACAGAGGCUUUAUAAUACUUGCAGAACGUCAUUCUCACCCAAUGGCCCUGUUUCUGAAGAAGCUCUUGAAAGAGUUCGUGCUAUGCUAGAGAAAAUGAAGCCUUCUGACGUAGGUCUGGAACAGGAGGCGCAGGUGGUACGCAAUUGGUCUGGUCCUGUACAUGUGCGGAAUGGAAGCCAUCAGUCAUUGCCACCAAUUAAGUAUCUGCACUUACAUGAAUGUGACAGCUUCUCUAUAGGAAUUUUUUGUAUGCCACCUUCCUCUAUUAUACCUCUGCAUAAUCAUCCAGGAAUGACUGUGCUGAGCAGGCUUAUAUAUGGCUCAUUACACGUGAAAUCAUAUGAUUGGCUUGAUUCAACAGAACCUGAAGAUCCAUUACAAGCAAGACCUGCAAAACUUGUUAAGGAUACCGAGAUGACAGCCCCUUGUGCAACAACAGUACUGUAUCCCACAAGUGGAGGUAACAUUCAUUGUUUCAAGGCACAGACUCCCUGUGCUAUUUUUGAUAUUUUAUCUCCACCAUACUCUUCGGAGCAUGGACGACAUUGUACUUACUUCCGGAGGUCUCCAAGAAGGGAUUUACCUGGUGAGAUUGAAGUGAAUGGAGUGACGUUCUCUGAAGCGACUUGGUUAGAAGAGUUUCAGCCCCCUGACAACUUUGUGAUUAGGAGAGGGCCGUACAAAGGUCCUGUUAUUAGAACUUGAAAUAUUAUUGUACCAUCCAUUCUAAUGAAGAAAUUGGGUCUUAAUAACAACAACAUUGGAUGGGCUAUAGAAGUUAGGUAUUUGGCUUGUACAUAUUACUACACCAAUGUAAACCUUUGAUUUACUGACCUCACAUUUUAUUGGUGAGAUGGAGACUCAAAGUUGAGAGGAACUUUGCAGCGCUUAAUGACAAUUCUUUUUUC